UAGUCCGUUUUUCUCAAGUCUCGCGAGAACCUAAGAAGAGAUGUUGUAAUGGAGGAAACACGUGUGGUGCAACUUCGAUAUAAUUUAAUGCGCAUCUUGAAGGUGUCACGUAAUUGCAAAGAUUAAGUUUACCAGAGCGACACCAUCAUCAAUUUCAGAAGAUAUUAACUGAUACAGAGUAUUGCGGAUUAAGGAUGCCUAACUUCAGAGGAAUACUCACAUUUGCCCUGCCUGCUGUUACAGUUGUUUUUGGCUUCAUUUGGUUUUUUGGUCGGAAAAAGACCCCUAAACCAAAACUAUUACCAAAGGAGGAUGACCAGUCUGAAUCAACAGAGAAAAGUUCUGUUCCUACAUCUAGUGUAACAGAAUUGUCACAAAAAACAAAGGAAAGGGAGAGCAUAGACAACUCUUCACCUGAUGGAAAAAGGAGAGAGUCAGUAGAAAAGGAAAAUCAGAGAAAUGGUGUUAUGGCUUCACCAGUGGGCAGUAGGAAAAGGAAGGCUAAUCAGAUCACCAGGACAGAUGACGUGGAGGUAUCAGAUGGGGGAGACUCUGUGGAGGAGGAGAUGAAUAAAGAUCACAAGAUCCUCCCCCAAAUGUUCCCCUCAAUCUCAAAUGGUACACCACUAUCCAGUCAAAAGGAUACUUCUGGAAAUUUUCAGUGUGAGACAAAAGAAGUGGGAUCUAGUCAGAAUGGAGCAGGUGAAGUAACAGAAUCAGAACUGAUCCCUGUAAAUGAGAGCAUGAUGAGUGAGAGUUCAUCCCAGUCUUUAUUGUCAUCCCAGUCUUUAUUGUGUGGAGAAAAAACAUCACUGAUGAAUGAUGCCUUCAUCACGUCAGGCAUUAGUGAACAGAGUAUCCUUGGUGACAAAGAUAAACAAUGUAAAGUAGAAGACAUUUCCUUGUGUACCUCAUUGAGUGAACCUCUUUUGGAGUCCACAUUGUUAGAUACAACUCAGUCUCAGCCCCAGCCAGAGGUAGUGGAAGAUGUUAUAGACAAGAAAGAGUCUAGUGUCGCAGAAAAAGUGCCGUUAGUCAACAUGAAAGAAUCAUUGUCCUCUAAAAAUUCUCCAUUGCCACCCUCCUCUGUCUCGGAAAAAGUGACUAAACAGUCUAAAGACACUGUGAGCACAGUAAAUGGAACACCGCUGGAAAAUAAUUCAAUAGAUGAAAAGAAAAAGGAGAAAAAUUCUCAUACUGCUGAAAAAAGAGAAACUGAUAAACACAAAACUGCCAUUGACUCCAGAAAGACCUCAAGUCCAAAACACACAGACACUAAGACUGCCUCACCUGUCAAGAAGGAAAAUCAUCAAAACGAGCUCUAUAGAAAGAGUAAACAGGAAGUGAAGUCAUCACCACCAAAGGACAGGCCUAUAAAUAGAAAGACACACCCCUCAGGUGGAAGUGACCAUGUGUUAGAUAAUGGGGUCCAUGGAUCUGAUUCUAAUUCUUCAGGAUGUGAUAAUGCCAGUGAAGCAUCUAAUGACAGCGGCAGGGGCCCCAGUAUGACAGAUCUUCCUACCCCCAUCACCUCCCCAAAUCAACAGCUGUACCACUGUAAUUUUCCUACUGCCAUAUGUGGGAGACUGAUUGGAAAGCAUGGGAAAAAUAUCAACUUCAUUAAGGAGAAGUCAGGGGCAAAUAUUACCUUAAGUGCGAACCCCUUCACACCAGAGUUUCAGCUCUGUAGUAUUGAAGGCACUCAGAGAGAAAUAGAUGCAGCAUUGCGACAGAUAGAACGGAAGUUUCCAGAGGUGGAUUUAAGUCCUGUCAACAUUCCGUCCGGCGACGCCCCCCAAUCAGCUGUCCUGAUGCCUGAUAUUAUGCAGGUAAUGCCAGGCAUCUCCCAGCUGAGCCUCCCUGAGGGUGUGUCUGUAGAUGUGGUGGUCUCCAGUAUUGUAGAUGCGGGACAUAUCUUCAUUCAACAGCCCACCCACCCCUCCUUUCCAUCCCUAGAACGCCUCAAUCAGUUCAUGAUUGGCUGCUACAUGCAGGAUGGUCUGGUGCCACAGCUUCCCCGUCCACUAGAAGUUGGAGUUAUCUGUGCCGCACCAAUGCUGAAUGGCUGGUAUAGAGCUCAGAUAUCUGCUGUAAGCGAGGACUCGGAUGAAUGUGAUAUCAAGUAUGUAGACUACGGGGGAUUCUCUCGAGUCCAAGGGAGCACACUCCGUCAAAUCAGGAGUGAUUUUAUGACACUGCCUUUCCAAGCUUGUGAAUGUUAUAUGGCCAAUAUAACACCACUUCAAGAUGAAGAUUUCUUCAGUGCUGAGGCUGCAGCUGUUUUAGAGGAGCUGACACAGGGUAAAAUGUUACAGGCCCAGGUCGUGGGACGUAGUGAGGAGGGCAUUCCUUAUGUUCACAUCUACCAGAUUAAUGGGGAAAAGGUUACUUUUGUCAACCGAGAGUUGGUCAACAGAGGAGUGACACGGUGGAUUGAAGUUCUGUCCUGAAAUCUGGUGUCCAUUGCUCCAUAACCUGCCGAGAUCAAACCAGCCGAAGCUUCUCGUGUUCCACUUCCCAGAAAUCCCAACAUCAUUGGAGACCCAAAACAGCUUUUAUCAACAUUGUUUUUGAGCUUCUUUUUUGCCUCAGUUUUGGGAGAGACAUUAUGGUGGAGUUGAUUGUUUGGUAAGAUGACAGUCGUUUCCUUGAGAGCUUUGAUAAUUGACUUGUUAGGAGAUUGUCGUAUUGGUUAAGGAGUCAUUAGUUUGUGCUUUUAUUGACUGUUAAACAAGAACAAAGAAUUGGUGUGAAUGAAGUGCAUGUGCACUUGUUGUUAAGAUUUUCUUAUGAGUCUUAUUAAUUAUUUUAGACUUUUUUAAUUGUGAUGCUUUCCUAUAGUUUCAUCAGUUGAAGGGCAGGAAGUUAUAUACCUCAAUCUUUCAUAGUACAUAGUUUUGAGUAGAAAGUAACUGAUUUUCAUUAUUAUUAUUAAAAAAAAAAGAAUAUUUUAUUAAUUUCGUGGACUAAAUUUGAAUCAGGAACUAUAACUUUUGUAGGGUCAACCAAGCUUUAGAAAGGUACCGUUAAGUGGAAACUUUGACAACAUGAAAACGUUGAUGAAUUUGCCAAAUGAGUAAAAAUCGUCAAAGUUUGCACUUGUCAACCUGGACAUUCUUGUUAAAGAGCACUGUUUAAAUACUGUUAGAUCGUCAAAGUUAUCACUUGCGAUAUUUCUAAAAUAUCAAAAUUGUCAAACUUUCAAACCUUCAAAAUAAUAAUGUUUACAGUAUGCAGAUUAAAAAAAGAUGUUUCCUAUUCUGGUGUAAUAAGAAAAGGUUUGUAAUCUGUCCAGUGUUGUAUUUUAAGAAGGGGAAAAUGAUUCUGUAAAAAAAAUAAUUAUUCAAAUUUAUGAGAUAAUUAUGUGCAUUUAUUUGAAGAGGGUUGUGUUGUAUAAAAAAUCAGUAUCAGUCUUGAAAAUAAAUAACAAUCCAUAGAAGUUCAAAAGAGAAUUAUCAUAGCACAUAUGCUAGGUUUUUUUCUCCCAGAGCAAUACAAAGGCCAGAGCAGUAGUGCUACAGUCUCUUCAGAGAUUUUUGGUUGUUAAAUUCGAUAUUUUUUUGUUUUGUCUUUUUACAUGUUUUUGUGGUUGGUAUAUUUUUUUCUAAAGUGGGUCUCAAGUUGUAUAUAUUGAACAAGGAUUAUCUGUCAUAAUUUUUGGUUGAUUUGAACAAUAUUUUGAAUUUAUUUUUAUUAUUUGAGAAAUUUUUUUUUUUUUCUUAUGUGUCAACUGGAAAAAAAUAAGGUUGCCAGUAAUAACUUGCACUUUUUGUAUUCCUGACAUAUAUAGAUUUAAUAAUGUCGCACACUCUAGAAAUGGUAAUUAGAGAUCAAUCAUUAUAAUCAACCUUAGAGCUAUUGAUAUAUUCCUGAUUUUAUACGCUUUAGAUUCUGUACUGAAGGGAGAGAAAAGCAAAUUUUAAAAGACAGACAAGUUUAAAUUUAAAGGUAGCUUUUAUUUCAAUCAUUUGAUUUAAUGGUGCAUGUUUAUUAUAACCUUGUAUUAUUUAUUUGAACACUGCCUUUUGGUGAUAAACCAUGGUCUCAUGAGUUGUACAGUGUAUUAUAUGUGAUAAGUUCUUCACUAGGAUUGUAGAUUAAUACAAAUUAAAUAUAU